AUGGCUGAUCUAGCAACUCUGAUCAGUGGUUUGAUUUCAAAUUUGGUACCUCUGAUUAAGGAUGAAUUCAAGUUGAUUUAUGGUUUUGAUGAUGAGGUUGAAAAGCUAUUGGGCACGCUAUCUGCAAUUAAUGCCACACUUGAGGAUGCUGAGAUAAAGAACGAGUGGAAGAAGGACAAACAAACCGAAGAUUGGUUGCGGAAGCUCAAAGGCAUGGCAUACGAGGUUCGAGACAUCAUGGAUGAGUGCACCUUUGAAGAUCUUCGUCUACAAGUCAAAAGGCUUAAUCCCUCCUCCUCUUCAACCAAGAAAAAGGUAACCAACUGUAUCUCCCAUCCUUUUAGCAACACUCGGUCUCGUCGUAAAAUUGGUAAAAAAAUUAAGGAUGUUCAAGAGAAAUUAGAAAAGAUUCAUUUAGAGCGCAAAAAUUUACAAUUGCAUGAACGGGCUAUUCAUGACUCGAAAAUAAAAGAAGACAAGUUUACUAGUAGUUGGCGUGAAACCAUGUCUCUUUCUAGUAGUAAAGUAUAUGGGAGAGAUGAGGAGAAGAAACAGAUUAUUGAUAUUCUACUCAAUAAAUCUAAUGUUGGUGUUGCUACAGAACAAUUAUCUGUUCUGCCCAUUGUUGGGAUUGGGGGUCUUGGUAAAACAACCUUUGCCCAAAUGGUCUUCAACGACGAGGAGGUUUCUAAGCAUUUUGAUACCAAAAUAUGGGUUUGUGUUUCUGAUGAAUUUGAUAUUAAGUUGGUCAUCAAAGCCAUCAUAGGAGCAAAUAAUGAAAGUUCCUUGGAGAUAUUGAAGGACUCGAUUCAAAAUAAAUUGAGAGGGAAAAUAUAUUUGAUUGUAUUGGAUGAUGUUUGGAAUGAAAACGUUUGUGCAUGGGAUCAGUUGAGAUCUGUAUUAGACUGUGGAGCAAAUGGUUCGUUUGUCCUUACCACGACACGUAAAAGAAGAGUGGCGGAAAUCAUGAAAACUAUUCCAGAUUUUGAGUUACCGGCACUCUCUUACGAUGAUUGUUGGCUACUAUUCAAAGAACGUGCAUUUGAGUCUGGAAAAUCAAAAGAUCCAAACUUCGUUAAUAUUGGUAAACAAAUAACUAGAAGAUGCAAUGGUGUUCCUUUAGUUGCCAAAACAUUGGGAAGUCAUCUGGGGUUUUGUGACGACGAAAAAGAAUGGCAUAGAAUAAGAGACAGUGAGAUAUGGGAGAUAUCCGAAAAUGAAGAAGAUCUCAUGCCUAUACUAAGGUUGAGUUACUAUGACCUAUCUUAUCAAUUGAGAAGAUGCUUUGCGUUUUGUGCUAUAUUUCCCAAGGAUACUAAAAUUGAAAAGGAGAGAUUAAUCAAAUUGUGGAUAGCUCAUGGUUUAAUUGCUCCAGUUACAAAUCAAGAAGUUGAAGAUGUUGGGAAUAGAAUUUGGAAGGAGUUAUGUUGGAGAUCCUUUUUUCAAGAUGAAAAAGAGAACACAUAUUGGGAUGGUACAGUUUAUACAACAUGUAUAACAUGUAUGAUGCACGAUCUUAUGCACGAUCUUUCGCAAUCUGUUAUGAAAGAUGAAUGUUAUACGAUGAAUGCUAAGAAAUCAAGUGAUGGUUUAGAACGUGAAAUUCGUCAUGUAACAUUAAUGGUUGAUCAGUUAGACCAAACAUCAGUCAAUACAUCAAUUUGUUCUCUUAAGAAAAUUGGAGGGUUGCAAUCAAUGUUUCUCUAUGACGAGUGUGGAAAUGUCACGAAGGAGAUUUUGAGUGACUUGAAGGAAUAUUUCUUGUCUUUACGUGUCCUUGAAGUAAGACACUGUAUGCAAUAUCAAGAUUUGAGUUAUGUGAGUCGUCUAAAACAUCUUAGAUUUUUAGACAUUUCUAAUAGUGAGAUAACAACACUGCCUGAUAGUAUAUGUGAUCUCUUUCACUUACAGACUCUGAAACUCAUUAAAUGUUAUAUGCUUGAAAGUUUGCCUAAAAUAUGA